AUGACGGACAGUACCAAACCCCAAAUCGCACUUGUGGGUUCCUAUUCCGACGCCUUCGUGAAGGCUUUGGGAGACGAUAACUUUGACGUCGAGCAAUGCGAUUCAGUCCCCAACCCCGCGACGAGGACAUCGAGCCUCGCAGCGCUUGCUCUCAAGGGCGAGGAGUACACCCUCUCCGAAAGCGACAUUACAUUGAUGCUGCCCGCCAAGACGGUCCUUAUUUUCUUUGGGCCUACAUCGACGCUCCUGGAGACCGUUCAAAGCGCCACCAACACACCUAUCGACAUCCCAAGUCUCGAACUAGUCGAUGGCUUGCCGCUCCUCGUGUACAUGGUUGAUGGCAUGGUCAACAUCGCUACCAGUAUUGUUCCCAGCGAUGCUCAGGUCCUUCCGCUAGUACAAAGUGCUCUCAAAGGAAACAGUGAGAUUGUGGCGACGGAUGGAUAUCAACUACAAUCGCCAACCGAUCCCGUUGAACAAGCCGUAAUGUCCAUCGAUAACGCUGUUACCGAAGCGCAGAGCGACAGGGCCUAUGUAUCCACCCUUGAUCCACCGAUCGGAACUAUUGGUUUUAAGAAGGGUACCCUGUCUAAUUUCGCGAACAUUGCGAUCAACCGGCUUGCCUGGAGUCCAGCGGGGAUCUAUAUGGCUGCGGCUCCUACAUCCCAUAUUCAGAGAUAUACCUUGAAGUGGUACACGGAUGUGUACUCGUACGCAACGGGCGCCGACUGUAGGAAUAAAACCCCCACACAGUUCGCUAACGAGGGUGGUGUCGUGUACACCGUUGUCAUCGAUCGUGGCAACUUGCGACGCUCCCCGGAUAGUGCGCCACGAUAUUGGGGACCUGAGCGGGGGUAUUGUGGCUACUACUUCGUCGAUCACAACACGACAACCCACCGUGCUGGCUCAUCGCUAAAUGUGCAUACCUUCCAACCGCAAGGUCCAGACUCGCAGAAUGAAAGCAAGAUUGGCUACAACAUCAGCUAUGAACAGGAUAUGCAGAUGUUAAAUAACAACGGACAUUCAACAUUCACAUUCAAAGCCAAGUAUAUGAACGGGUUUGUCUUAGAUCAAUUUCAGCUACACGACAGCCUAGGGAAUUCAGGCGUGGAGUUUUCGGUUGAUUACAACGGCUACUAUGACUAUUGGGCUGACCCGAAAUUCGCCACCAAGCAAUGGUGGAACCCUGGUGUCUUCGAGAAACUCCCGAAAUCCGGACGUUGGGCUGUUCGCGAUGGUUUGCCGGUCGACAAUAUGCCUAUCAAUGCGUUAACUGUCUUCUCGUCGAGUGUUGGACAACACACUAUGACGUCCGAAUUCUCUGCAGACAUCAGAGCGUUCAAGUCUAAUUACUGGGAUACUAGUAGUGAUCAUAAAAAGCCUGGUGAGGUUUCUAAUUCUGACGGGAACGCACCUACCCAUUUCCAGACAACCGGGAUCUCUGAAAAAAGGACGUGGAAUCGUGCGUUGGGUUUGACCUGGACCUAG